AUGUCCUGGAUUUGGAAAGACCAAAGUUUUAUGGAACAAUGUUGUAAUGAUUUCUUUUCGUUCAACUUGGGUUCCAUAAUUCCAGUAUCCCUUUUGUCUCCCUCAAGCAAUUUAAACAAUGCAGCUAAUUUUAUUAUCCGUAUCUUAAAUAAGACUCUGGAAAAAAGUGGUUCUUUGAUCUCACCGGAUGCUUACAAAAGUCUGUUGAAGGCUAAAGAGGUUAUUAGUACUACAGAUUCGAUUCUUUGGCAACACCUACAAGAUGCGUUGUCUUCUGCUGCCAGCGGGAACUAUUCUCUGAUAUAUGGCUUCAUAUUUAGCAUGAUAAAUCGCAUAAGAGAUCUACAAGAUGAUGAAUGGAUAUUCAUUCCAGGCGGAGUAAUAUUAAGCGAGGACACACCUAUAGAGUGGCUUUCCUAUGCUAUAUACAAGUCUCCAGCAUCCUCCAAUUAUUCCUUUGCGGUAAUAAACACUGGAGGAUUAGGUCUCAAAUAUCAUAGCUUCAGAAUGGAUAAAUACGUAAAAUUAGGAACUUUACAGAGGGAUGCCACUCUAGUUCUAAAAGGUGUUAAAUCGGAACGUUUGUUGCACAGUUCAUUUUGGUUCAUCUUAUAUCGCUUAAUGUAUGCUCCAAGCAUCCAUAAUUAUGAAAUUCUGUAUUCUGUUCUUCUUCCCUUUCUCAACUCAAAGUCUGUAUUACUAAAUUGGCAUAUAGAUGUCGAACAACCUACUAAAUCUACCCAACCCAUAAUGGAAACUGAUGAUUCUACUAAAAAGUUAUUGAUUGAAGCGUUCACUCAGCUUCAUGAAACUCACGAGUCUAAACAAGUGAGGCCAGAUAGUACUAGGACGCUAGCAAUAGAGCUAAGUAACAACCUAGGUGGAAUAUGGAUGGAUUCCCCACUAAAUGUCUAUAAGCCUGGAACAAUCCUGCAAGCUCUCUUGGUUUUUAUCGAACUAAUUAUGAGGCAAGAUGGCAACUCAGAAUCGGACGUGCGCACUGUUUCUAUCAUUUUUCAACUGAGUUUAUGUCUUCUUAUUGGACAACAACUCGAUGGGUUAUCUCCUAAAGAUGGAAUGGUGCAUAUCAAUCACAGAAGUGCUUCUCUAUUCAUAGAACUUGCUUGCAAGAGGUUAAGUAUAAUGGCUGCAGAGGAAUUGCUACAAGAAACCCAAAAGGAAACUUUGAUAGAUUUUGAUACUGAAGAUUCGCUCUCUAUCACUGCAGCCUCUGAAAUGUCACAAAUUGUAGGUUCAAUAAAUAGUGCAUUUCCAAGUGUUGCAAAAGUUGCUGGAUCUCUAGGUCAGGAACGAGAUCGUCUAACAUAUGAUCCAAGUGCUCCAUUACAACGCCGUGCAGAUCUUUACAACCUGGUUUCUCUUGUUGUUGGAAAAAUUUAUUGCAAAUUACAAGGUGUAAUGCCUCCACAUUCCUUGGGAAUGGGAAAAGGGUCGUGUACAAUGGAUAAGAGAUUGUGUUCUCCGGAUGUACCAUAUAAGCUAAAUUUGGAAUUUGACAACUUUGGAAAGUUCAGAUUAGACGGUCCAAAUGUAAAUGAGCUUGCAAAAGGAUCCGUAAAAUCACAGCUGUUGCUGCCAGUUGAACUUACUAGCAUUGAUAUUCCGAUAACAUCAUUUAGUGAUGUGUGUAAGGUUCUAAGAAAAUGUGUUGAAGUAUGCGCCGUGCUAUCUAACCAGAGGGAUGCAAUGUUAUAUACAUAUGCUUGGCGUUUUCAGUUGAUUAAACAUGUGCUUCUAGAACUUAUACCAUUACCACUUCCCAUUCCGAAGGAAAUUGUUCCAGAUGAAACCGUCAUGCCUGUUGAUUCUGUAGAUGAUGGUGCUCAAGAACCUGCUCAGGAUGCUAGUGAAAUACCUUGCACUCAUCCAGAACCUAUGGUAUGCUUCUGGGCGAAUGGAGAAAUUGAAAGAGAAACGCAGAUUGAUCUACUGAGAUUGCUGCAAAUGCUAGCAAAAAAUGUAGCUGCAAUUUCAUGUUCCUUGUUAAGAACUAGAGGUUUGGAGGGUGAAAAGGCAGUUAUGCUUGCUGUAAUUGCGGCCAUCACUGAUGCAGUGUUGAGAAAGAUAGCAGUGGACACACCUAGCCCAGUAUCUAUGCUAUAUUCUGGUAAGGCAGAAGGUCCUGUUACUGCAUUUGGAUUUAGCUUGGGUAACUUUUCAACUGAAAGCUCGUAUUACAGUUUGACGAAUCCUUUGGCUGUUAUCGCUAGGAAUCAAGUUUUAGAUUAUUUCAAGUCGAUACAAAACAUAGUAGAUGCAAAUCAUACGGUAUUUUCCUGGGAACAUGGGAUGGAAAUCGGUCCCGGUGAUGAACUUCUGGUUCACCUUAUAUCUCUGCAGCUUGGAUUUAAUAGGAAUAUUGAGGACAUUAGAAAAUAUUACGUCGGAGAAAAUUCUGAAUUUUGCGCAAUAUUUCCAGAGUUUGGCUAUAUAAGAGAUGUGGUAUUGAUUGCCAAAGCUAUUGGGUGGUCUGGCUCUAUAGGAUCUCCUUCCAGGUAUUCACUAGAGGAUGCUACUCUCAAGUGGUCUCUAUCUUCUAUAACUGGUUACAAGCAUUCAGUCUCUGUUAAAGCCUUUGGAAAACAACUUAAGGUUGCCGGGAUUGGGAAAGUUAAGAACUUUGAUGAUACUAAUGUUACAUAUUACAAAAGAAUGUUUAGAUGGUUUGGAGGAUCACAGCCGAAAUCUCCAAACAGCGCUGCAGAUCCUCACAAUCUGGCUGCUGAUUGUGAGAUUGAGAAUGAAACGGAUGUACUUCAUCUAUCUCAGUUUCCUGAUUAUGGUGGGAAAAUUGGCAGAAGAGACUCUGAGCUUCUCUUGCAAUAUCUCACUGCUUCCUAUGUCAGAAUUCCUCUUGUGACACAAUUCUUUUCAGACGAAGCUAAUUUGCACGCGGUUUCUUCUCCAGAAUUACAAAAGGUGAUUAUAGCAUCGAUUUUUGAACCUGGGACUUGGCAGAGUGCAACUUUGGGAGGAAUAAAACCUCAAACAGCCCCUGUUCAGUCUCGUGAGUGUCUCUCAACUCCCCUUGGACUCUUGUUCAAUGAAAUUUACCACUCUGGAAGUUGUGUAUUAUCAUCUAUAGAACAGAUGCUUGACUUGGCUCUAGAACGUGAUCAUAACAUUUAUACUGGGGAUUCCUCGAAGGUAUUAUUAUUCUCUGUCCGCCUUGCUGUUCAUGUUUGCGAUUACGUACUCCAAGCUAUUAAACAUUACCGAUAUGUACAUUCUGAGCAUAUUUUUGAGCCAAUAGAAGAUCCUAUAUGCAAGAAAUGUCAAUCUACCAUAGCAAUAGAUGGGAAAAGGGUUUCAAAAACAGGAUGGAAAAGUGCAGUUAAUGGAUUGUUGUUGCAAAGUGAAGAAAUGUGUAAGGAUCUGGAAGGGUUUGAACGCAAGAUGCGUGUUUUGCUUCUAGAAGCUGCAAAGUUGUUGAGCAAACGUGCUAUAAAGGCUGAAAAGGACAAUGAACAUAAUGCAGCUGCCACAUCCAUGGCACAUGUAGCACUCGUUUACAGAUAUAUUAUGGAUUCAGUUAAGGAUGAUAAUUCACAGGAAUAUUCCAAAACCUGCUUGUACCUAGCAUCUGCUAUAUUCUUUGUCUUUGUACACCACCAAUUUUCUGUGGAACAACCACUCGAAGUUGCCAGUGCCGAUGGUCAGCUAGAGGACGAAUUAGAUAUGGAUGAACCAUUGUGCAUGCCAGAGAUGGAGCUCUUUGGUAUAAUGCAGAGUGUUAGAUCGAACUUGUUGAAGCAUUUUAGAUUGCAAGGAAGAAAGGAGUGUAGUGGUAUGCUUGAAAUACUGGUUAAACGAGUUAGCCAGUUGGCGAAUGCAGACAAGUUAGAUACCAUUGAGGAUGAUGUAAACGAUUUCUGGGAGGAGUUGCAAACACCUAUAGCCUCGGGAAGAUUUACUAGGAGUUCAAUGGCUCAGAGGCAAUUGAUGGCAAAUCCAGUAAUGCAACAGCAGGUUGAUGAGUCCGAUCUAGAGGAUGUUCUCUUGGAAAGUUUCUAUGUUGAUGAUGAACUAGAGGGUCAAGAACAGGCUAAUUGGGGAUUUGAUGCCCAAGUAAACACAGGAAUAGCACCGGGAUCUGAUGAUGAGGCUAAACCUCAGUCUAAGGCAGAACACAAGGGAUUGAUUAAGCAGACUAAGAGUAUGGUUGUGGGACAAACCAAAAAGACAUUUGAUAAAUCUAAAGCCCUGGGUAAAAGGGUAUACAGAAAAAUGAAGAGGAAGAAGCAAGCAGAACAUGGAGUAUCACCUAUUGAAGCUUAUGAAGGGUGGUUAAAACUCAAGGUGAUGCAACACUGCGAUAUUGAAAUCAACUUUCAGACAGCAGAAUUUUCACUAAAAAAGAAUAGGUUACAACUCCUUGGGCAUUGGGUCAACCAAUUCCCUCAUUUUGUCGAUAUUAUGGGUAAAAUUACAAACAAGGCAACAAUACAAAGUGCGACCGUACAGCUACAUAAAAAUAGGCAUUGGCUGCGCUUGACUGGGCGUAAUUAUGAUUUAGUUCGCUGGGAGAAGGAUGACAGAGAAUACAUGUUACCGCAAAAAUCCACAUAUAGAAAUGGAGAUGCACCAAAGGGUCUGGAGUGGCUUGCCACAGUUUUGGAUCCGUGGGUAUCGCAGUACAUGCCAAAAUGGACUUUAUAUCUCUAUAAGGACAAACUUCAGGAUCUUGAGGUUACACGGACAAAUGAUCCAUUUGAAAACGUAGAAAAUGAGGUCCAUAUUCCCUAUGCACGUCUAUUUGCACAGUGUCAACAGUCUUCUUGUGGCGUAUCUGUGGAUGUACCAGUAGCCAAUUUUGAUGCUUGUGAGCAUUCCAGUAUGCAAGACUUCACAAAUACGUAUGUUCCACAUGAACAAGAUGGAUUGGUGAAAUUUGCAAAGAAUGCUACGGAAACUAUAUCCAAUAUACACAAUGUAAUAACUGACGCUGCUGCAACGAUAUCAAAAAUUAGUUCCAAAAGUAAAAGUGCGGUAAAGAGCACGCUUGAAGCUGCAAAUAUAACUGAUAAGUCGAGUGAAACUCCGGGAUCCAAAAGGAUAAUUACAAAGGAGAUUUUUGUUACAAAGAAUCCACCCUGUAUUUAUGUAUUUGAUGUUAUAGAAAUAGGCCGUACGUGGCAUAGGUCACUUUGUUAUUGUUCUGACGUAAGCUUGAGUUUUUCAAAUUCCCUUUCCAGACAUGUCACAAUGCAGAGUAUACAAGACAAGAAACCCUCACUCGUGGCUGGUACGCCAAUUCAGCCAACAGCACCGCACCAAACUACAUUGUUAAUUAUAAGAUCCAUAAAAUCGCAACAAUAUGGAUCAGAUGGUAACAUUCAAAAGGAACAAUUUGUGCAACCUGAAUGUCUUCGUGGUUUAAUUCCAGAGGUAUUGUUAGAGGAGUACAGCUUCUGGCAGAAUAUAAAGACAUCUGAUAUUGUGGGUUAUCCGAAAACUGGAACAUCAGAAAAGUAUGCAAAAACCCAUUUGUGGAUCGAGCUUCUACCACAAGGUCCGCCUGAUAAUACACUAUUCCAACAUUCUGAAGCGAAAGCUAGUAUUAGGAGAGUUCACCAAGAAGAUGACAAGAUCCAACAGCUUGUAAACCUUCAGGAUCCUAAGGAUGAACUUCUUAAAUCUUUUACAGAAACACUUUUGCGUCUUGAUGAUCUCUCACAUAUUCUUCCAUGGUCACUUGAGAGCAAAGAAAACAUAGAUUUGAUUGAAUUUGCAAAGCUUGGUCUUACAUUUAAAUCUAGUUAUACAUCAAGCAAUGCACUAAGAUACAUGUGUGAGGAGCACAAUGGGCUUUAUCUUAACUAUGGCAAUAUUUGGCAUAGUCCUCUCACAGCAGCAUUAAUCAGAGGUUUGGAAAAUAGUUUGUUGUUGACAGAUGAUGAUGGUGAACUAUACAUUCUUGUUUCUACCGUAAGGAAGCCGAUGUGUGUAUUUCCAAAAGCGCCAAGUUCUUGUGUAGUGACACAAAACAUCCUGAAUAUGUUGCAAGGUGUUGCAUGGCCGGAGUUGUUGUAUGAUGGAAGCAACAGUGAAUGGUUACAGGCAAUAGAUAGUGGAAGCAGACAUUAUCUCUACAAAGUUCAUUCAUCUCGUAGUUUCUUAUUCGUACCUACAUCUGCUGCAGGCCUAUUCCUGCUGCUGAAUCGGUUCUUGGAUAGACAGUACGAACAGGUCUGUAAACUAAGUAAAGGUGCUUUGUUUGAUGAUGAUAAUCUUGGUACUGAAGAAAAGGUCUUCUGGGAUAUCCUUGCUAAAAUAGACUCUACCAGAGACAGACAUCCAGAUGCGUAUGCAUGCAGACUCCACCUACUAUUAGCUGCAAAUAGGCAAGGACUUCACGUUGCAGAUGGUAUAAAGAUUAAACAUAGUAGGUUGGCGAAGAUACAAAAGAAUCUUAGCAAUUUCAAAUCCAUGUUAAGCAGGGCCAAGACAGUUAGUACGGAAAAAACGUCAUUUAUUAACUGGAUAUUGCAUCAGGAGCUGCUGGCCUAUAUAACAAACAUUAGAUAUGUAUCUGCUGGUUGUAAGCUGUCAGUAGAAGAUGAAAGAGAACUUUUGCAACUCUGUCAACCACGUUUCUCUAGUUUCCCUAUACUUCAAAAUAGGUUUGCAAUAUUGUGUGCGGUGAAGUUUGGUGAAAAUACAAGGACGUGUACAAUGGGUAGCAAGAUUGAAUUCUCGAUUCCGUUAAAACCUUCAGUUAGCAAUUACGAUGAAGUUAUAGAUAAAAGUGUUGUAGAAAAGAACUUAAUUCUUGAUGCUGCUACUAACUUUACUUCCCUUAAAUUCAAGAGACCAGAAGAACAGCUAACAGGUGCCAAUGCCCUGCAAUAUAUUGAUAAGCUCUUGCAGCGUGGAGUUACUCAGGGUGAUUUUAUCUUGGUUUACGAGCUUCUUACAGGUGUAUUCCCAAUUGCUACUUUUCCAAACGAGAAUUCCCAUGGUUGGGGUGCCCUGCUAACCAGGUUUAUUUGCAGUAGAGACCCAAAUACCAAGAAUGUCAUGCUUUCUACAAUGAAACUGUUAAGUGCAGAACCAAAGUUGGGAUCAUCUAUGCCAAGAUGUCCAGAUGAUGUAAUGAAGAAGAAACAGUUCGCUGCCAUGUUUUCGCGAGUGCAGCAACCAAUACACAAGUUUUUAUCUGAAAUACAAAAAACUGUAACAAGUCUGCAGGACAGGAAGCGUUUUGAAUGGAACGCUUCUGGAAAGUCAUCGCAAAGACUGGACUAUGCACUUCGCGUUGAUCCUUCCAUCCAAGUUGGUAAAUCGGUUGUUCCUUGGUUAUUCCCUAGGUAUCAGGUAAAUUGUGGAAGGGGAUCAUGGGAAAUUGGACCGUGUAAAGUAGGUGACGUUGAGAUUUCUAGGGAAUUCAUAGAAGAAAUGGGUAGUCAGCUAUGCAAAAGUGUACAUCCUACGGAGAAGAUGGAACCAGUCGUUCCUAUUUCAACAACCCGCGCAUUUCCAAUUGACCUAAAGGGUCACUGGAUAAUGAAAUAUGACUCAGCUAAAAGAUUUAUGAAUAGAUUAGAAACGGAAUUUGAUCAUUACUUGAAAGAAGAAGCACAAAGAUCUACAAGUUCUCUUGGUUUCACAGAACAAGAAAUUGAUUCAUUUGUAAAUAACGGUGACACGGAAAUCCUAGCUGAAGGCUUCAGGAGACUUCAAAGCCUAAGAGAGCGUCUGAUGGACCUCUUCAGAUCCGACGGUCAAUUUGUAGAAUCUGGUAUACGAUCAGCACUUCAGGAGGCAAAUUCUAUAUCUGCAACGGGAAGAAAUACUACAAAUGAUGGAUUUGCAGCCUGGGGAUUCAUAUUUGGAAAACUUGGGGGACUUGAAUUUCUAAUCGGUUUGGACCGCUUGGUUGACUGUCUUGUAUCUACAGAAGGAGAAAAAAGCUUGCAACUUCUAAAUCCAUUCGUGGAUAGACCACAUGAAAUAUUGAGUCUGGUGGCAGCUGUAAUGCUGGCAGUUAAUAGACGUAUUAUGGUCGCUCGUUGUAUAUCGCAAUUGUUGAUUGUUUUACAAGCAUUGAAGAGACUAUCUAAGGGUACCCUGGAUCAAGAAUCCCUAGUAGCAAUAAAGGCAGAAAUCGCAACAUCUACAAGGAGUUUGUCAGAAAAACUCUAUGUUGCUAGACACUAUAUGAAAUUAAAUGGCUCUACGGCUCUAUUUGAUCCAAGGCUACUUUUGUUUGAAUUUUCAAGCAACAUUAUAUUGUACAAGAGACAGGUUGAACUUGUUGAAAAUUUUGUGGAUUCAGCCAAUAGUGGGACAAGUCGUUGUCAUCAAAUGAUUAUGGGAGAAGGUAAAACAACGGUAGUUGGUCCACUUUUAUCUCUUUUGCUGGCAGAUGGAAAUCGUCUGUUUGUACAAGUAUGUCCUUAUUCACUUUUGGAGUUUACCAGGGCCACCCUUCGUGAAACAUUUUCUGCAGUAAUACACAAGAGCGUUUAUACCUUUAAAUUUAGUAGAUUUGAUAAGGCCACACCUGAACUGUAUUUGAAACUUCUACAAGCAAAGCAAAUGGGUUCGAUUGUAAUUGCAACUCCCACGAGCAUAAAAUCUCUAUUCCUCAAGGUUAUUUGUUCAUUCCAUAAAUUAGAAUCUGGGGAACUUAAAAACGACGCUUUGUCCCGUGUCAAUCAAUUGCAACAAAAAUUGGUAAAGGUUUGGAAUAUGACUGCAUCUGGAGCUACUAAAUUGAUCAAACAAGGUACUAGCAAGCAGCCUGAAACUGCUUCUAAAGAAACAGUUCACAGCACAGAUACAGAUCAGAGGAAUAUUCAAUUAGAAUUAGAUAUUUGCCUGAGAAUUCUAGAACUAUUCUCCAAUGCUAUACUACUCAUGGACGAAAUUGAUCUGUUGUUACAUCCUCUAAAGAGUGAACUUCAUUGGCCUAUAGGUGAAAAGAAGCCUUUGACGCACCUUCCUGGUACAGAAUUUAACAUUCGUUGGUUGUUACCAUGGCAUAUAUUACGCGUUAUGCUAUCCAACACCAGUGAGCAGAUAGAUAAAGGAGAAGAAACUCUCUUGGAGAAAAUUAGAAAGUGUAUUGAUGAUGGUGUAAAGAGUUGCUAUAUGUCAGAUUUCCCUCAUCUUGUACUAUUGAGUAUUCCAUGGUAUGAAGGGGAACUCAAGCCUCUGUUAGCAGAAUGGAUAUAUCUUUUCCUUCGCAAGAAUAACUUAAUCACUGAAACAUUCCAACAAUGUAUGGACUUUUUCCUUGAUGGCAAAUCUAGCCCGGUAUUGCAAAAUGUGCGGGUACUUAACUUCGCAAGAGAUUGGUUGUCAUCCAUAUUUCCGCAUUGUACAUCUCGUGUGAAUCAGGUGAAUUAUGGUGUUUUGAGUCUAAAACAAAUUGAAGAAUCCAUGGCUACUAAUCCAAAUGCUCCUCAAACUCGCAAAAUGCUGGCAGUUCCUUUCAUUGGUAAAGGUGCUCCAGUUAGAGAUUCUGAAUUUUCUCAUCCAGAUGUUCUCAUUGGAUUUACAAUACUUGCGUAUAAAUACCAAGGGCUUAGGGUAUCUGAUUUCGUCCUGGCAAUGCGUCAUCUAGCCCAGAGGUUCUAUGAAGAACCUGGACGCGCUGAAGAUAGACAGAGCUACAAGUUAUUCAACCGCUGGGUACUUUCAGCAGGUGCCAAACUAAGAGUUUCCAAAAGGACGACAAGACACUAUCAUUAUUUGUACGAUCCAAAUGAUUCUGUUCGUACACACACAGAAAAUGUUGAUAGGGAAUCAGAUGUUUGGACUCUGGAUGCUAUAAAUGUUUAUGAUGACGACCAGAUGGCAAUUUUGUAUGACAUUCUUAAGAAUGAAGGUCUCGCAAUAGAAUAUUACCUGUGCAAUGUACUCUUCCCUGCAGCUAUGGAACAUACAGAAAUGCAACUUACAGCCACUGCCCAGGAACUUGGAAGUUCCAUUCUCUUCCCAAUAAGACUUGGGUUCUCGGGUACACCAUCCGACUUGCUUCCGGUUGAAAUGGGUGGGUGUCAUUAUUCACCCGGAACUGACGGUAAAAUUUUGACAAUACUUACGGAUGAUAGAAUCAUGAAGGGACCAAUGAUACUUCCAAAAGGAUGGAAUAGCGAAACUGUUUUGGACGCGGUUGCAAAGAGUCCACUUAAGCCAUUGGCACUCAUUGAUACGGGAGCAUUAAUAACUAACUUUAGUAACCUUCAAGUGGCCAAGGAACUGCUUUCUAGAGGGUUGGAACAUGUUGAUGGUGUCGUAUAUCUAGAUGAUCAAGACAGACAAAUGAUUCUACUUAGGGAUCGUUGGAGAAGUACAUUGUUGACACACUGUGGUUUGCCUCCAGAACGUAGAUUUUCCUUCUACGAUCAAAUUCACUCUACUGGUCAAGAUAUAAAGCAAGCGGCACAUGCUAUGGCAUUUAUAACCAUUGGUAUUGAUAUGACAUUCAGAGAUUAUUCUCAGGGAGCAUGGCGUAUGAGAGGAAUAGGAAAGGGUCAGACACUUCACAUGAUUGUUCCUAGAGAAGUUAUGGCAUUAGUAUCAGCGGAUGUACCAGAAGGUCUUGAUGAACAUGAUGCGCAAUUUGGGCUAUCUUCAAGUGUAGCGUGCAAAUUGUGUGCUAGAUGGCUUAUAGCACGUGGUAUACAAAGUGAAAUCAAAUUGUCCAGAAUUUUACUUGAGCAGUGUCUGCAAAAUGUCGUUAGAAAGGAAGGAUUCCAAACUUUGAUUGAAGAGCAUUUGAAUAUUUCAGGUGGGAGUGUGCAACUUAGACGUUAUGUUCAGUUGUUUAGGGAGUAUAAGGAUUUCUCUAUACCUAAUACUUUUGCUCCUAAACCAACAGUUACUGACCGCAUACGUACAUUUGUAAAGGCUUUCAAUAUAACAGAUGAUAAGUUGAGCGUGCUCCUUGAGGCAUCUCAUGCAUCAAUAUCUCUUAAAGAUAUCCACGGGAAUGAGCCUAGAGUCAUGCGACAAAAGGCUAUGCCAGCAGUGCAACCUGUACAGGCUGGAGAGUUUGGAAUGACACCAGAAUUCAUGAACUCUCCAGUUUUAGGAGGAAACUCUAAAAAGUAUGCGGAACUCAUUGAUAUAUUCCAAACCACCGAUUCUGAUAUAGAAAGUGACGAUGGUACUACAUGUCCAGAUGUAAAUGGAAAUCCAAUAUCCAUGGACUAUCUAGAGAUGGAAGAAAAUUUGGAAGAUAAUGCCUUCGACUUAGAGGCUGAGCAUGAGCAAGAAAUUGAAGUUUUGCAAGAGGAGGAAGAAGCUACCCAAAUGAGAGAACAAACAAAGGAGGAAGAGCAUGCAACAGAGGAAGAGGCUCCAGUACCUCAUUCAUACAGCAGGAGUGAAGAGGACAUUGUUUAUUGGAGUUUGAAUCAAAUGGCAGUUGAUCCAUCCCAAAUUGGCUUCCUACCAUGUAAGGACUUUUAUCUGUAUCGUAAAGAUGCCACAAAAACGAUGAUGCCAUUUCCCGAAUAUAUACUUAUCAGUCCCAACUUUUAUAAGAUUAAGUGGUCCACUCAUUCUUAUCGUAGGCUGAAAAAUGUCAUUGUUGUUUUGGAUAUUUUGCCUUCACAAGAUACAUCUCCCUCUACUCCACCCAAUGAACAAGUACAGAGGAAUACUUGUGAAAUUCCAUACAAUAUUGUGCAACAAGUUGGUUUAGGAUUCGAGGUAUUAGACAAUAGACCUGGUCUGGAAGCUACAAAGGGUGGUUCGCAGGUCUCAUUAGAUACUGCGUUGAGAAUAGUCAAGGCAAUUGAUCCAGAAAUGUCUGAUGAUGGUAACCUCAUAUCCAAAUGCAUUGCUUCUAAACUUGCUGAGUAUAAGGAAGUGAAAAGGAGCAGUUUAAUUGGACACUCUGAUCUCAUUUCGUGUAUGAUGAACCUUUACAGUGUAAAUAAUGCAAGGAAGUUUAUCAUUCUAACCCUUGCUGAAGCUGAAGCUGUAAGAGCAUGGCUACACAAACAUGAUAAUAUUCAUGCAAGAAUAAGUUUAAGGCAUCUCGCUGCAAGAUUCCAGCCAUUUGAUUACUCUGCCGAUUUUGCUCCAACCAAGGAAAUGAAGAUGACCGCACUUGUUGGCUUGCAGCCAAGAGUUGUAAACGCCUGCUUGAAGUUCUUUAAUUCUGAGGUGCAAUUUACACGUGGCCAGAUAAGUCUGCUGGAGAGAUGCUUUAAGCAUGUUAGUGGUGCUGAUCGUCUUACCUAUUUCCAACAGCUUCGUGAAAUGAGACUGGUUAUCCAAAAUAUAAAGGUUGCUCUUGCAUCUGCUCCUAACAUUUCUAGGAUAUUUAGAAGCCAGCUUGUUGAUGAUCUCACAAUCAGACUCUUAAAUCUAAAACUUCAGUGUAUUAUUGCUGAAAAGGGUGGACCGCAUGGAUUGCUUGCUGCACUAAAAAGUGAUAAACUGACCGGGGUACAACUUAAUGCCAUUAUAAAUUCCAAUAUACACAAACCAGUUGCAAAACCAAAUGAUAUCAAAGCUCUAUUCCAGAACCUGGACGUUGACUGUGAUGGUAUGAUAUCUCUGCAAGAUCUCGAAUACUCUUUUGAUGAAAUUGACGAUUUAACAAUACAGUCAUGCAUUCAGUGGAUACAAAUAUCACUCAUUGAACACAAUGAUGUAAAACCUGUUGCAAAAUGUCCUCAGUUCUCUGUAUGGACACCAAAGAAAUUAACUCAUUACCUAGGAGUACAUGUUGCAAUUUUGGCUCAUCACUUUACUGAAAAGAAAACAAAUAAAGGCGGUGUUGCCACAACUAUUCUCAAGAUUGCUGAAAGGAACAAAUCAUCCGUUUCCUCAAAGACUCUUGCUAUUUUGUUAAAGUCCCCUGUAUCCUUUACAAAGAUUUGGCAAAAUGGCAAGGUUCCAGAUUUGGUAAUUUGGAAGGUCAACGCACCAGAAGGAUAUACUGCACUUGGACUUGUAGCAUCCAAGGGUGAAGAGCCAUCCAUUGAAUCAAUAUCUUGUGUACCAAUAAAGUGGGUCGACCACAUACAACCCCAAGAUAACGCAGAUGUACAGUAUGAACAUAUCACCGUUAAGGGAUUCUCUCCUGAACUGGAAGAAAUGGAACUUAACCUCACCAUAUAUAAUGGAUUCGCAUUUAUCGAUGAACCAAUCAAGCUGAUGUAUCAAAAAUUCGCGCUUCAAGCCGACAUGCUUGACCCGAACAACAUACCAGCACCACUAUCUAUCUAA